CAAGACUAACAAGUAAAAACUAUUCCCUUCUCUCAUUCUUUCUUCACCAUGACUGAUCCUUAUUCCAAUUUCUUCACAGACUGGUUCAAGUCCAAUCGUUUUCACCAUUACCCUAAUUCCAGCUCCACUAACCCUUCUCCUUCUCCUCCUCCCCCUCCUCCUACCUCCUCUUUCUUCUUUUUCCCUCAGUCCGGCGAUCUCCGCCGUCCACCGACGCCACUAACUCCUCCUCCUUCCCCUCCUCUCCGUGAAGCCCUCCCUCUCCUCAGCCUCAGCCCCGCCAACAAACAGCAAGACCACCAUGACCAUCUAAUUCAAGAACCACCUUCAACCUCCAUGGAUGUAGAUUACGAUCAUCACCAUCACCAUCACCACCAAGAUGAUCACAAUCUUGAUGACGAUGACCAUGACGUCACCGUUGCUCUUCACAUAGGCCUUCCAAGCCCUAGUGCUCAAGAGAUGGCCUCUUUGCUCAUGAUGUCUUCUUCUUCCUCUUCCUCGAGGACCACUCAUCAUCAUGAGAUCAUAAACGACAAGAAAGAUCUCGACAACGACUACCCUCAUGGAGCCGCCGGUGGAGGAGAAGAUGACGAUGAAGAUUCAGUGGGCGGCGACGGUGGAUGUAGAAUCAGCAGACUCAACAAGGGUCAAUAUUGGAUCCCUACACCUUCUCAGAUUCUUAUUGGCCCUACUCAGUUCUCAUGUCCUGUUUGCUUCAAAACCUUCAACAGAUACAACAACAUGCAGAUGCAUAUGUGGGGACAUGGAUCACAAUACAGAAAAGGACCCGAAUCUCUGAGGGGAACACAGCCAACCGGAAUGCUGAGGCUUCCGUGCUAUUGCUGCGCACCUGGCUGUCGCAACAACAUUGACCAUCCAAGGGCAAAACCUCUCAAAGACUUCAGAACACUUCAAACACAUUACAAAAGAAAGCAUGGAAUCAAACCCUUCAUGUGUAGGAAAUGUGGUAAGGCUUUCGCAGUACGAGGGGACUGGAGAACACAUGAGAAGAAUUGUGGUAAGCUUUGGUAUUGCAUCUGUGGAUCUGAUUUCAAGCACAAGCGAUCUCUCAAAGAUCACAUCAAGGCUUUUGGAAAUGGCCAUGGAGCUUACGGCAUUGAUGGGUUUGAUGAAGAAGAUGAACCUGCCUCUGAGGUAGAACAGUUAGACAAUGAUCAUGAGUCAAUGCAGUCUAAAUAGCUUUUAUAAAUUAGUAUAAGUACUUCGUAAUUCAGUAUAUAUAUUAAUUCUAAGAGGGCACCUCAAUCUAUGGAGCAAGUUUUGAUGGAGGUAGGGCUUUUCUAAGUAGGAGCUAUAUCAUCUAAUUGAUGAUAGACUAAAAAUCAAAUAAAAAAUGGAAUCAAGAUCACUUGGAAAAGUCUAAAAUUGUAUUUCUAGUCUUAUUGUUAAAUUUAUUACAAGA